UGGCGGCUCCGGCUGCCAGGCCUGCCCGGCGGGCGCGCAGCGGUGACGCGCGAGGCGCGCGACGGCCGGAGCGGCGGGGACGCGGAGCACCUUGAGGGAUGCCCAAGAAGUUCCAAGGGGAGAACACCAAGUCGGCUGCUGCCCGAGCGAGGAGAGCUGAGGCCAAGGCAGCAGCUGAUGCCAAACGGCAGCAGGAGCUGGAAGAUGCCUACUGGAAGGAUGAAGACAAACACGUGAUGAGGAAGGAGCAGAGGAAGGAGGAGAGGGAGAAGCGGCGGCUGGAGCAGCUGGAGCGCAAGAAGGAGCUGCAGCGCCUGCUGGAGGAGGAAGACUCGAAGCUGAAAGGGAAGUCACCCAAGCAGGUCACUCCGGGCAAAGUCACCAGGGCCCAGAUUGAGGAGACCAUCAAAAAAGACCAGCAGCAGAAGGAGAAUGCAGAUGCAGUGGAAAAGGAGAAGACUCACUUGGAGGUCCCCUUGGAAGAGAACAUCAACAGGAGGGUGCUGGAGGAGGGGUCUGUGGAGGCCAGGACGAUUGAAGAUGCCAUUGCUGUCCUCAGCGUUGCUGACGCCGACCGGCACCCCGAGCGCCGCAUGAAAGCGGCUUUUGGGGCCUUCGAGGAGCUGCACCUGCCCCGCCUGAAGCAGGAGAACCCCAACAUGCGCCUGUCCCAGCUCAAGCAGCUCCUCAAGAAGGAGUGGAUGAAGUCUCCAGAGAACCCCAUGAACCAGAGGCACAAAGCUUACAACAGCCAGAAGUAGGACUAGAGCUGAUCACCCCACCAGCACCACCCCAUGGAUGGUCACCUGGAGCCCCAGGGCCCUGCUGGGAUGAAAACAGGAGACAUGAGGAACCUCCCCCUCCUUUUGUUUCCCUUCCCUGCUCCCACUUUUCUGUCUUUGUUCUUGGAUCUAAGAUAAGCACGUCGGGACCCUGCAGGUGGCCUGUUCCCCCCCUCCCUGCUUACCCACCCCUCCCCAGUGAGUCACCUGGACAGACUAACCUCACCUUCACCCUCCCAAAUUUGGUUGUUUUACAAAAAAAAAAAAAAAAAAAAAAGCUACUAACUGGCUCCCAGAGCUCCAGCCUGGGCAGUGCUUCUGAGGCGCAGCCUCACUGCCAAGGUAGCCCCCCACCCAGCUUGGUUUUGCACCAGGACCCCCCUGCCCAGCCCCAUGCUGGUUUUUUGCUCCCUGAAUUAACCUGCUCACAGCCAGGACCUGAGCCAGAUCCAUCCCUCCCUCUGCCCUGGCUGCACCCUCCUGCUCCACAGGGUGGGUGUUUGGAUCCAGCAGCAGCAGGAGGCACGUGCCCUGGCUUCAUCCUGGAUGCUGGGAUGGUCUGCUGGCCACCUCCCUCCUCUUGGGCUUGACUGGCUGUGAGUUGGAUGGGGAGGAGGAACCUCAAUGGGAGGAGGUCUAUGGGAAGAGACAAAAUGAACCUUCCAUCUCCAAGGGGCAGCAGGAGCCAUUGCCUGGCACGGUUCCUGCCUGGUCGGUGCAGGACGCCGGUGCCACCUCCCUGUGUGACUUCCCUGGUGGCCUUGGCCAGAGUUUCUCACUCUGCUGGUGGGACAGGAGGGUCAUCCCUGGAGGGGCUGCAGCCCAAGAACUGCUCCAAGGAGGGAACUGCUGCUUCUGCCAUUGCCUGUUCCCCAGCCUGCUCACGGGCUGAGAGGUGCAGGAGUGGAUGGGGGAGCUGGCACAAAGGGGUGAGCUCCUCGGGAGGGCUGGGGGGGCUCAGCCUGGAGUCCUGCCCCUCGCCUUGAGUAGGUACCAGCUUCUCCUCCUUUCCCUCUCCCCUUUUCUGUCUCUUUUGGGAAUGAAAUUUCCUUCUGAAGGUCUCAGCCGGGGCCCAGGCAGCAGCUCAGGCUGUUGGUGUGUGACUGGGCUGAGCUGAGCCCGGGGCUGGUGUGGCAUCCCCCUGGGAUCCCUUCCCGUGGCACCACACAGAACUGGGAUCCACCCCGAGCUGGGGUUGUGGGCACGGGGGGUGCCCAGGGCCUGUGAGCAGCCCGGGGGGGGUUGCAGGAGCCGUUUGCACUUUGGUAGGGACACAGUUUGAGGAGGUGUCACUCGGUCCUGCUGCUGUUCCUCGGUCCCCUCCGCUCACGUAACCAGGCUGAAGGAGUGGGGCCACGUCCCCCACCCUCUCCACUGCUCCCUGCAGCCCAGCUGGGAAGGGCGGGUGGGAACACACCCCGUGUCUCCCCUUUAUGUGAGAAGUUUGUUGUGUUUGAACCCAAUUAAAAAAUUACCAAAAAAAACCCAAA